AUGCGCCCUUUCACCUUGGGUCUCCGCCCAUUGAAUGCCCUUGUGUCGCAAGCGCAGUCCUUCACUACUAUCGCGCGUACACAAUCCUCACGCUUCCUUUCAACCCAAUCACCCUUUUUACAUUCAGCUCGCCCAUCAUCUAUCAUUCCUCGCUCUCAGCGCAUAUUUGCCCAGACCCAACUCCGAUACAACUCCCGUGCUCCUCGCCCCCUCACCGAAUCGCCCAAAAGCCAGACUGAGCAAGAGGCUGAAUGGGAAGCACAAAACCGGGAGCGUCGCAGCAACGAGGAAGCCUACCGCAUUACAUUCACUUGUAAGCCGUGUGGUCAUCGCUCCGCACACCGUAUGUCCAAGCAAGGUUACCACCGUGGAACUGUCCUUAUCCAGUGUCCCUCGUGUGACUCGCGCCAUAUCAUGAGUGAUCACCUUGGUGUCUUCUUCGAAAAGAAGACAACCCUGGAAGAUAUCUUAAAGGAGAAGGGUCAGACAUUGACCCACGGCCAUACGGAAGGUAACCUGGAAUUCUGGGAGGAUGGAUCUGUGAAGAGUUAUGACCUAAAGGGCAAGGAGAUACUGGGAUCACGCAAUGAUGAUAAGUCGACUUGA